UCAAAUAUCAAUUUCAAAAACUGUCAUAACAAAAGCACAUCAUUAUGUUGUGUUAUUCUAUUAUUGGUGUUUAAAGUUUCACAAAUAAUUUGUUAAAUAUUAUACAGAAGAGAAAAUGGGUACCACAGGACAAUCGAUAACAUUAGCAAAUAGUAUAAUAGGAGUUGGUAUAUUGGCUAUGCCUUUCUGUUUUCAACAAUGUGGAGUAAUAUUAGCUGGUUUAAUACUUUUGCUGAUGGGUUUUGUGUCAAGGCUCUGUUGCCAUUUUUUACUUAAAUCUGCUAUUAUCACAAGGAGACGGACAUUUGAAUUUUUAGCAUUUCAUGUAUUCGGACCAGCGGGUAAGUUAGCCAUAGAGCUUGGUAUUAUUGGUUUUCUAAUGGGUACCUGCAUAGCAUAUUUUGUGGUGGUUGGUGACUUGGGACCUCAAAUCAUUGCAAAGAUGCUUAAUAUUAACCAAAGUGACAUUUUAAGGACCUCAAUAAUGGUAAUAGUGUCAUUAGUAUGUGUAUUGCCGUUGGGAUUAUUAAAAAAUGUGGACAGUCUGAGUAAUGUCAGUGCGGCAACAAUAUGCUUCUACUUCUGUUUGGUUAUUAAAGUGAUUUUCGAAGCAACAUCUCAGUUAUUGACCAGUGACUGGCACAUUCGCAUUGAGACAUGGAAGCCGUCCGGAGUAUUGCAAUGUGUGCCUAUAUUCUCUAUGGCUCUGUUUUGUCAAACGCAACUGUUUGAGAUCUUUGAAUCACUGCCAUCUCUGUCGUUGGAGAAGAUGAACCUAGUGACAAAGAAUGCUAUCAACAUUUGCACAGCGGUGUACUUUACACUAGGAUUUUUUGGAUAUGUUGCGUUUAGUUCACAGAAUAUAUCAGGCAACAUACUUAUGAGCCUGAGCCCGACGUUGGGCAGUGACGUCAUCAAACUGGGCUUCGUGAUGUCGCUCGCCUUCAGCUUCCCGCUCAUCAUAUUCCCUUGCAGAGCCAGUCUUUACUCAUUCCUAUACAAAAAGGUACAUCCAGCGCAACAUGAUCAUAUAAUAAACCAUUCAAUUCCGGUUACAACUUUCCGUUGCAUCACAGUGGCAAUCAUUGCAGUGGCCCUUUUCGUCAGUCUCUUGUUACCAGACAUUGAAGUUGUGUUAGGACUCCUCGGGUCCACCAUCGGAGUACUAAUCUGUGUGGUAUUUCCUGCAGCUUGCUUCAUCAAUGUCACCUUUAAGAAUACCAAUGAAAGAUUGCUGGCUAAAAUUAUAUUAGUACUUGGUCUGAUCAUCCUGGUUCUUGGCACGUACGCCAACCUGCAGGCCGCUGAGAGCAAAUACGAUGACAAACUAAUAACACAAGAGCGCAUCGACAAGAUUGUUGAAGACUUCUUCCAGAAGAUGGAGAAAGAUGAAGGUGUGAAACCAGUAGCCGGAGUAAAAAGCGACAUUAUAGCAAAUAGUGUCGAAGAAAAGGCUCCGAAGGAGAUUAUAAAAGAUUCCGAAGUACAGCCUCCCAAUCCAGUACCGCCCGAGUCGCAUUCCAACGAAAAAUCCCCCGAAAAUCCAAUUCCAGUAGAUCCGAAGCUUAAACUUAUCGAACCCGAUCAAGAACUUAAAAAAGACGACAAAGUAAUAGGAAUUUCAGGAGAGACUCAUCCUAAAGAUUUAAAAAUAAAGCUAGAAGAAGCAAAAUUAAGUAAUGGAAAUGAUAAAGUUGAAACUAACAAUAUCGAGGAAUCAAAGGAAGUAAAACCUGACUCUACUCAAGAGAAAAUGGACAUAUUAAAGAAACAGCAUCUCAUAGAAACUAUAAAACAACACGGAGAAGAACAAAAAGAAUUGAUAAAAGAACAGAAAGAGAUUUUACAUAAAAUUUUAAAGACUAAAAAAGAACUAGAGAAAGAUAAAAAGGAAAUGGACGAUACUGAGGCUAAAAAGAUCGCCGUGGAAAGUAUACAAAAGAUUGCAAAUAUAGCUAUACAGAGUUUAUCCGGAGUUACUGACAAACCUGCAGCUCAAAUAGAUAUAGCUGAUAGAAAAGCUGAACCUUUACAAAAGAUAGCCAAUGAAGCGGUACAAGAAAUAGCGAAAAAAGCAGCAGAAACUUUAGAAGCUAUCGGCGAAAAGAAGGCUCCUGAAGCAAAUCUGCCAAAAUCUCCGGAUGAAAUUAAAUCAGAUCAAAACAUACAAGAAGAAAAUAUAGAAAACAAACAGGAUAAUAUUAAUAAAAUAAUAUCACAAAUACACAAUCUUAAUGCUCAAAAUAAUUUACCUAAAACAAAACAGAACGAAGUCAAUCCACAACCGAUUGAAGCACAAAAUAACAAACAAGAACAAAACCAACCUAUUCUUAAUAAAGAACAAAAUGCUAAGAAAGACAUAGAAAAACCUUUACAAAAUGUUGACGAAAUAAAUAAUAACUUGAACAAAGAACAUUUACAUACAGCAGAUGAACCAAAAUCAUAUAAAGAAGGUGAGGAUUCAUUAAAGAACAAUGUAGCAAGCAUCAGUAAUAUGGCACAAAAUGUACCUUUGCCAAUAGCAGUAAAGGGUAACCAAGAUGAAGUGAAACCAAAUAAUAUAGAAGUAAAAUCUGAUAAAGAAAAUAAUCAUUUAAAACAUAUAAAUGAAGGUAUUCCACAAAACGAUGGAAAUAAACCAAACAUUGCCGAUGUUAAAACCCAAAAUAACCAAAACCAAAAUGAACCUGUAGUUUCUAGACAAAAGAGAGAAGUGGUCGAUUGUAAGGAAACAAUAUUGGAACCCAAAGAUAAACCAAUUUGUGAGAAAUUAAUUGCUAACAAAAUUCAACCGAACGAUGUCAAAAUGGAUAUUGGUUUGCCUGUGAAUGUUCCCUUACAUUCUAAUAUACUACGAAGAUCUUUGAAGAGUUAUAAAGAAGAUGUAAGAAGAUAAAGUUAUUGAUUUUAAAUU